AUGGCAGCUUGUCCCUCAGUCUGCACACCGUUGACCAGCUCACCCAAAGCCUAUAAUGUCACUCAAGCUGAGGCAGUCGCUCCCGAAAUUUCAACGAUCGAUCUCCACGAUAGCUUCCCCUCCACAGUAUUGGAAGUCUCCACAGAUGAUCAAUCGACUCUGGCUCUUGAAGAAAGCGAAACCACUCAGCCGGCUAAUGACUCAAAUUUUGAUUCCUUUAAGAACGUAUCUCUCGACGAGGACAGGACUACGGCUGAGGAUGAAAGAGGUAGAACAUAUAAGGAAACCGAGCUGACAGAGUUUGUGGGAGAGGAGCCGGGGUCAGACUGUCCACCUGACUCGUCGUUUCUCUUGUCAGCACCCUACCCGGAGGUCAAUGGUAGUAGCAGUGUGGUGGACGACUUACCGACUUCCCCCGCUCGCGACUCAAUUGCCACCUGA